GCGCUCUUACCCUGGAGUGCCAUGCAGAGGCGCACGUGCAACGCAAACUGCGUUACGGUCACUGACGAUGCUGUUCAGCUGGUUAGCCAAACAUCCCACAGGAAAAAAAAGAUGAGCUGAGAAAGCCCAUGAAGAAAACGAUAACAAUGUGUUCAAAGCCGCAGAAGUGUCCAAAAGGAGACAGUAGUUUAAGGUCCUCUAACACAACGUUUGCACUUAUGGAUGAAACUCGUCUCGGGAUGGUUUAGAGGACCGAGCGCCUGUGUUGCUCCUAUGAAGCAAAAGUCAAGCAUUUACUUACACCUGUUUAUUUUUUUUUGUUUUUGACCUCUUGCCUUUAAAAUAGAUGAUCUUCUGUGCAGGUUCUGCGUCAAAGGGAGCCUCUAAGCUACAUUUUUGUUCUUCAACAUUGGCAUGGGGCCUGAAGCGACAGACGUUUUCCAGCUUUAUGUUUGCAGUUUGUUAGCUUCAGACCACAAUCCUCCAUCACUAUCUUAAAAUAAGUGAUGUGUCAUUCCUGUUAACUUCCAUCUCCUAUUCAUUUCUGCAUCUCACAGUUCCUGCGGGGACAAAUAGUGUUUUUGGAUUUGGAUCUAUAGUGACUUCAUUAACUCAGUCCCUGUCAGAACACGUUUAUGUGGCAGCGAGCCGAUCCUCAUCACCUCUAUAGGUGAACACUAGGCAGCCGUCUUGGUGGUUUGGGUUUUUUUUUCUCCUGUUUGGUUGCAUGGAAUCAGCCUAAUCGUGGAGAGGCCGGGCUAUCACAAGCUGAUGGACUUUGACAAGCGGGGAGUUGGAGGAGCGGGAGGUGGAGGGAAGGGCGAGGCCGAGGAAGGGAAAAGGAUGUCUGGGAAAUAUGGCGGACGAGGUGCUGGCUCCAACUCCGGAGUGCUGAUGGUGGGACCAAACUUCCGAGUGGGGAAGAAGAUAGGAUGUGGGAACUUUGGAGAGCUGCGACUUGGAAAGAACCUGUACACCAAUGAAUACGUGGCCAUCAAACUGGAGCCGGUGAAGUCUCGGGCCCCUCAGCUCCACCUAGAAUAUCGCUUUUACAAACAGCUGGGAAGCUCAGAAGGCAUACCUCAGGUGUUCUACUUUGGACCAUGUGGAAAGUACAACGCCAUGGUUCUGGAGCUUUUGGGACCAAGCUUAGAAGAUCUGUUUGACCUCUGUGAUAGAACCUUCUCCCUGAAGACUGUACUCAUGAUAGCCAUACAACUGAUAACUCGCAUGGAGUUCGUUCACACCAGGAGCCUCAUCUACCGCGACGUCAAGCCGGAGAACUUUCUAGUGGGCCGACCCGGCUCCAAAAGGCAGCACACUAUUCACAUCAUAGACUUCGGCUUGGCAAAAGAGUACAUUGACCCUGAGACCAAGAAACACAUCCCAUACAGAGAGCACAAGAGUUUGACAGGGACUGCCAGAUACAUGAGCAUCAACACGCAUCUGGGGAAAGAGCAAAGCAGACGAGACGACCUGGAAGCUUUAGGCCACAUGUUCAUGUACUUUCUCAGAGGCAGCCUGCCCUGGCAGGGACUAAAGGCUGAUACUCUAAAGGAACGCUACCAGAAGAUAGGAGACACAAAGAGAGACACACCAAUAGAAGUGCUCUGUGAGAGUUUCCCAGAAGAGAUGGCCACCUACCUGCGAUAUGUACGUCGACUCGACUUCUUUGAGAAGCCAGAUUAUGACUAUCUGAGGAAACUCUUCACGGAUCUGUUCGACAGAAAUGGAUAUGUGUUCGAUUUCCAGUACGAUUGGACUGGGAAACCGCUGCCCACUCCCAUUGGUCCAGUGACAACAGAGACUCCACUUCCAGCAAGCAGUCGAGAGAAAGCAGCACAGGCCAAAAACCAGGUGAUGAGUUCAACAAAUGGAGAACUGAACACAGAUGACCCCACCGCCGGACACUCUAACGCACCAAUCGCAGCUAAUGUGGAGGUGGAAGUAGCUGAUGAUACGAAGUGCUGCUGUUUCUUCAAGAGGAGGAAGAGGAAAGCUCUCCAGAGACACAAAUGAAAAUGAGAUGAAACCGAAACCUUGGCUUUCGUCCUCGUUUUUUUUCUGUUUCCCAUCUGUUCUCCUCCUUCAGCUUGUCCUCUCUCCUCUCCCGAUGGAGUCCCUGUGAUGUGGUGGAGCAGCAGGCUAAACAAGCAUUUCCUCCCUGAUCUGCUGGCUAUUGUCGCUGUGGACUGAGCAAACGCAGAGUAAAGGCUAUUCAUUCACCACAGACUUGAACCCUGGGAUAGAACUGAAUAGCUGUGGACUUCAUAUAUUUAUGGCUGCAGAAAGGACUGGAUGUGGAUCUGCAGAGGCUGUGACUGACUGAAUAGAUGAUGGAUUGUAUUAAAUGCUCUUUUUUUUUUCUUCUUCCUUACUGACUGGCUCAGAGGAGAGAAAAGCAUUUCUGAGGAGAGAAAGAAUGGACUCCAAAAGCGAGGGAUCGCGUGUCAUGCGCUCUUAGAAAACCCAACACAAUACUUGCUGCACAAUGUUGAACUCAAACUGAAGAGACUCCAUGCAGCUGUGGUACAGUUUUCAUUUCCUCAGGUCAAAAAUACUACACAGUAAGUGACUCAGUCUGCACCAACUGCAGUCACUGUAAUACCCAUUUACCCUCAGUAGAAAAAAACAGAAUCAAAACUUUUACAGGUAUGUUUAUGUAAAACCUUUUAUUUUUUUCAUAUUUUAAUUUGGAUCUAAAAAGGUUUUUCAGCACAGGUUUUGAGCUGAAAAAACUAUACGGAGCCUUUUUAUUACUCACCCCCUCAAUCUUGUUUCAAAGAGGAUAUUUUUUGUAGAUUUUAGUGUGUUCCUCUGUUAUUUUUAAGUUGUUUAUUUUCUUCUUUUUCUCCUGUUGGAGCUCUCAAAGUUGGAUAAUGACAUUGGAAAAAUAAACAACCAAACAUAAUCUGUA